GUGACAUAUAAGCCAUUAAAAUAUCAUCCUGACGGCUCAUUUCUGCUUCAUCAUACAUUCCCUAACUGCUUCCAGAAAGCAAGAAAAGAAGAAAUGAAGGAUGACCGCCUCGAUGGAAGAGCCAAAGAGGUGGAACAAAGUCAGGAAAUGAGGCACAAGACUCCCCUUGUAAUGAGGAGAAGAAAACGACUUUACAGAAACAUCCUGGAAAAGUCAAGUAGCUACCCCGGACACCAUGGUCACUACCACCACCACUCAGAAGCUGGGAAUCCCUCUCUGUUCACUGGACUCCAUGAGCAGCCUCCCCAUGCAGCUCCAGGUGGCCAUCUAAACGGACAGCUCAGACUGGGGUUACCUGGAGAAAUGUACGCCAGGUCUGAACAUUUCACUCAAGUACCAGCCUCCAGGACAGAUCAUUUUGCUGCUUCUUCGCUUCAUAACUACGGUGGUAUGAAUCUGAACGUGAACCUGGCUCCACAUCACGGCCCGGGUGCCUUCUUUCGUUACAUGAGGCAGCCCAUCAAACAGGAACUCAUCUGUAAGUGGAUUGAGUUGGACCAGACUCCCAAAAAAUUAUGCUCGAAAACUUUCAGCACGAUGCACGAGCUGGUGACUCAUGUCACGGUGGAGCACGUUGGAGGACCCGAGCAGUCCAAUCACAUAUGUUUCUGGGAAGAGUGUCCAAGAGAGGGGAAACCUUUCAAGGCCAAAUAUAAACUUGUAAAUCACAUCAGAGUCCACACAGGUGAAAAACCUUUCCCCUGCCCUUUCCCAGGCUGUGGCAAAGUGUUUGCCAGAUCAGAGAAUCUCAAAAUACACAAAAGAACUCAUACAGGGGAGAAGCCGUUCAAAUGUGAAUUCGAGGGCUGUGACAGGCGCUUCGCCAACAGCAGCGACAGGAAGAAACACUCGCAUGUCCACACCAGCGACAAACCCUACAACUGCAAAGUGAGAGGCUGCGACAAGUCCUACACCCACCCCAGCUCCCUGAGAAAACACAUGAAAGUGCACUGCAAAUCCCCUCCUCCCAGCUCCGGCUACGAGUCCUCCACGCCCUCCUUGGUGUCCCCCUCCUCGGACUCCGGCCGGGAGCCCCCCGCCUCCUGCUCCCACGCUGAGCCCUCCGCGCCCGCGCAGCCCGCCGCCAACCUGAGCGAAUGGUACGUGUGUCAAGACAUCAAAGCAAGCUCGCACAAAGAAGUAUUUCUUCACAACGGUGAAUCUUCAUGUCAAUGUUACCCAGAGGACCGGUUCCGCAUACCCGUCUCCGGGUCAUUGAGGGUUGCCUGGACCGGGGAAGCCACCCCGGGGGCUCGGGCUGAGCCCCCGGCAGCAGGAGCCGGGCUGAGCCCUGCGGGGCUGCUCCGCCGACCCGGCCUGGGGGAGGCCCCCGGGACGGCGCUGCCCGCGGCCAGCAGCUCCCUCUGGGCCCCCUUGCCUCCCCUGCUCGCUGCUGUCCCUGAGGAUACCUGCUACAGCCCGCCCUGA